CCUAGCCCAAGAGUUAGCUAAAGUGUGUAGCUUCAAAAUGGGCUUUCGCUUGCCCUUUUAGCAGAAAUAACGGUGAACUAAUUCCCUGAUCAGGAUUUAAACCAUCCAUUAGAAUCUGAUCGAGUUUAUUUCAGCCAUGGCGGAACAGUGAUACACCUGUGUAUUCAAUUCUCAACUCGCGACGAGAAUCGGUAACCGCUAGUCUCAGCUCAACCAAAAGUAGUGGUCCUCUUGGUGUUGCAUAAAUUUAACUCCGAAUCGAGGAAUGGCCUCAGUAGCUGUACCAUCAUUUUCAACCAUCAUCACUCUUCCGAGAAGGGUCAACCCCAGAAGCUUGAACUUCUUGAAACCCUCAAAUGGCUUCCGUCUACUCACAUCCCCCAACCCUCACAUAAAACAUUCUGCCAUUGGCUGCACCAAACUGAGUGUUUGGGAGACCUCUUCAGCUACACACGCCCCCACUGAAAAAACCGAAGAUAAUUUGUUGGAUAAAUCUGCCAACAUUUUUAGGACCCUGAGUUCUGAAAACUCAACUGAAACAUCUGAAGCCAGCAAUGGAAAGUACAGCACAAGUAAUCAGUUUCAGUUACUCAAAUGGCCUAUGUGGCUUUUAGGCCCUUCUGUUCUCCUCGUUACAGGCAUGGCGCCAACCUUAUGGUUGCCUAUAUCUUCCAUAUUUGUUGGCCCCAACAUAGCCAGCCUAUUUUCCUUGAUUGGACUCGAUUGCAUAUUCAACCUUGGUGCAACCCUCUUCCUUCUCAUGGCUGACUCUAUUGCUCGGCCAAAGCUUGCAAUGCAACCUUGCAAAAGCAAACCGCCAUUUAGUUACAAGUUCUGGAACAUAGUUGCUACUGCAACUGGAUUCAUCAUCCCACUAAUCAUGAUCUAUGGUUCACAAAAGGGCUUACUCCAACCCCACCAAACUUUCAUCACAUCUGCAGUUUUAUUGGGUCCCUAUCUUUUACUGCUAUUUGUACAGAUGCUGACCGAGAUGCUGACAUGGCAUUGGCAGUCACCAGUUUGGCUGGUGACCCCUGUUGUGUAUGAAGCUUACCGUUUGUUGCAGCUAAUGAGGGGUUUGAGGCUUGGAGCUGAACUCAGUGCACCUGGUUGGAUGAUGCAUACAAUUAGAGGCCUGGUGUCCUGGUGGGUUCUAAUUCUUGGAAUGCAGUUGAUGAGGGUCGCUUGGUUUGCUGGCUUCACUGCUCGAGCUCGUCAGAAAGAGGCUUCUUCUGUUGAUGAUUAGUCAUGUUUGUCAUUCUCCAACUCUAUUUGAAAAGGUUUUGGAUUUGGAUGUCUUCAUUUUUUUUAUUGUCUGUAUUUUAUAAUGUUGUAACUUGUAAGCUGUAAGUCUGUAGAAGAAAUAUGUGGUUUGAUCACCCCAAUUCUUAUAUUGAUGUAAUAUACAUCUCACACUAGAUACAGAGACAAGAAUCUCGACAAAUAUAACAUGUUAAGUAUAAUAAUGUGGAUUUUGGGUAUCA